CAGAGGGGCUGGAGAAAUAUGAUAAUUAGUAAACAAAACAAAACACAAUGUCCAAAAUGUCACAUUCUGACACCAAUAGAAAAAAAAGGUGCAGACAGCAUAGGUGACAUAAAAACUGGGUCAUUCUGUCCUGUUAUAGACAGGAUGGCAAUGGAACUGAAACAGCAUAUAUCUUCAGAAACAAAUGAAGUACAGAAAGGUUUGCCAGCUCUAAGCACCAACCACCCGUUCCUCGACCAAAUAUGCACACUGCCUCUGGCCUGUCAUCAUGGAGUUUACGAGGAGAAGAUGUCAGCAGAUCUCCACAAAGAUUCAUUCCCUGAACUCGUAUAUCCACAUCUUUGACUCUUCCAGUAACACCACUAAGCUGUGAGCGCAGUUUUUCUAGUUUGAAUCGUUUGUAGAAACAGCAACAAAGACAGUCAAACAAGUAACCUGGCACUUCUUGCCAUCAAUCCUUUAAGAAUAGGAUCCUGGACAGCCACAGAAUUUUUUAUGCUUUUGCCCACAACCACAAUAACAGCUGCGUUGUCCUGUUAUGAAGAUCUCUGAUUUUGUAAUACAUUUGGCGUUGAUGACUGAAAAUGUCCACAUAUACAGAUACAUCUAGUGAACCAGAAUUCAGUGAAUUCAUUGUAACAGUUUACAUACUACACUAUACUCCAUACAUUAAUAUGUCAUGUUUUCAUAUGCUUUAACUAAACAGCAGACUACCACAUAUUCACUAUCAACUUUAUUAGUUAGUCACUCACAACUCUGACGUGCAACACGUCAGAGUUGUGAGUGUACCUCUGUUUGUACUUGUGUCUGUGUGUGUUGAGAAAUGUUGGAACAAAUUAUCCUUCAAAGCAUCAGUAAAAUGCUUAGUCCUCGUUAGCACCUGCAGAAAAACAUCUCUGGAGCCGCCACUGGGUCAAAGUCUGGCACUUCUUCAAGAACAUAAUUUUCAGUCCAUUUCAUGUUUCCAUACAUGAGUCCUAAGAGUGCAAUAAUUGCUUAUUAAUGCCUUAUGACGCGACGCUGCGUUACAUGUUAUUCGGUCUUUGUUACAGACUCCACCUCUUUCACGUGAACGCGCCUUAAGCCGAAUUAGAAAAUCCUGGGUUAACAAAGCUUGUCCAAAUACCGCGUGGUGACAACGGUCGUCUUUCCUCGGUUCUGUCUCCUGGGCAGCCGUUGCCAACGUCAAGGAUCCCGGAGCUAAUUCUUGCCCCGAUCCGGCUCGGUUUCGCCCCGUUUCUCUGCAGCGGAUUACGUUUUGAUUACUAAAUCUAGCAUUGGAACAUCUAGGAUAACUGCGCGCACUCGCUCCGCCGCACAGGGGAGAGAAGUCGCACAUCGACCCCCGGAUCACAACAAUGAUGAUGAUGAUGAACGCAGACAGAGAUUUUCAGAUGAUUAAAAAACAGGAGAGGGCUCAUUUCUUUAGCUCUAAGGAGCAAGAACUUAUUUUGAAGUUGUAUGAAGAAGAGCGAGAGAUCCUAACAGCUAAAUCCAACACCACCAGUGCCUCCAAACUGAGAGAGGAAGCCUGGCAGAGGAUAGCUGAUAAAAUAAAUGCGGUUUCAGAUAGUGGCUAUAAAAGGACAUGGCAACAAGUGAAAGUCAAACACAAGAACAUCAUCCAAACAGCAAAAAGGAAAAGGGCAGAGGUUCUGAGGACUGAGGGAGGUUCGGGAAGCCCCUCUCUGACCUCAGCAGAUGAGGAUGUGGUGCACAGCAGAGAAAACACAUUGAGAGUGGAGGUCCUACCUGGAGGCGCCUGCGUUGGACCCAUCAGGGGAUCUGACAGCUCUUUUAUGAGUGUGUCAGGCCAUCCGGUCCUCCUCCUGCCUGUUACUAAGACAGAACCAGAGAGCCUGAGCGGUGAUGAGACAGACAUCAGCGAGCCACAUUUUGAUGGGGAUGUGCAGAACAGCAGUUUUCAGGAGGUCGGCAGCUCAGCAGGGGCUACAAGUGGGACCAGGUGUGCUGAGAAGCAGACAGAUGAAUUAAGAGCCCUCUACUGCUGUUACCUCAAAAAGGAGAUAGAGAAUCGGGACCAAGAGAUGGCCUACCGAGCACUUAAAAUGAAGAAGCUGGAAAAGGAAAUCCUGUUACUUAAUAAACAGCUAAUGUGAUUGUAAAAAAA